CCCAGCUUGUGGAAAGCUGCAAAGAUAAGAGGGUGGAUGUUCGCCUCCUCGAGCAAGAUCCCGGGAAAAACCAGGGUGUGGACGAGGGUGUAGUGCAAGGGAGGAGAGACACCGGCGUUGUUGGGCACAGGAGCAAGCGUGGCCGCCCGGACUCCGAGCCCGGGGCUGGCUGCCGUGGGCUCAGCGUGGGCAAUUCCCGUCUCCUCUCCUCGGCUCUAACGCAAGAGGGACACGGAGCCAGCCCCGGGGCGCUUGACUCACCCCGCGUGGGCGAGCAGCCUCCACGGGCUCACGGGGCUCGGUGACAGCCAGCGACGCCGUCCGUCUGUCAGCGGUGGGUGACCCUGGACACACCUCCCCGCGCUUGUCCCUGCGACUGCCAACCACCGGCCGGGACAAGGAGAAGCAUGUUGUCCCCAGGGGCUCAGAGGGCUUCGGUGCCUGCGGGUCCAGCACCACUGGAAGGUUGAGGUGGGAACAAGGCGUGCAGGACCAGGGGGGUGUGCGAGGGUGGCCGUGGGGUGUCCUCACACCCAGCCACCACCAGCUUCUGGAAGGUGUGGCUGAGGAACAGGGAUAAAGGCGCCGUUCCCACACCUUUGCUGGUGGAGCCGACGCUCCCAGUUAAGCCCAAGGCAAAAGGCAUCGUCCUCCCCGGUGAGGCUGGGAAAGCAACCUUCUGCGAGAAGAGAUGGGCUCCACCUCCACCAUCCUCCAUGGUGGGCACCCAGCCCCCUCACCGGGCGCUGCGGGAGUCGCUCCAUCUCCAGGUUCCGCGGCUCCUGCUCUUCCAGGGCAUCCCAGAGGAGCAAGACGGACGCACCAUGGCCACAGCCAACCAUCCGAUGUCCAGCCCCACUGAUGUGAGCUCCUCCCCCCCACAGAGCUCGAGGCACAGCCUGGAGUUGGAGAAACAUGUGCUUGAGCCAGUUGAUGGACUCAAAGAGCACAGGGUGACACAAAGGCUGCUCUCGGGAAGGACGGGUCAGCAGGGUCACCAGCCCAGGUUGGAGGGUAGGAAAUGACUAAGGGGUGAGAAAGAAGCCAAACCUGGUCCUUGUUACACCAAACCCGGCUCUCAGGUGCCAGCUAACGCACCCCGGGGGGAUUAAGGCUGUCGCAAUGCUGCUGUGUUGGCAGGACGGGGCGCAGGCGGCUGCUGCCUGCUCUGCUGAUGGAGGUUAGAAGUUGCCUCCCCUUGGCCCAGGUGGGGUUUGGAGGCGAGUUCUCACCUGCAGAGGUGGAGAUGCACAAGGAGUGACCCCCUCCUUGGUGGGGAGACCCUGCCCUGGACCCGCUGUUUCUGGUGAUGGAAGCAUCGGGAGCGUGGCCACAUGGCAGCCACGGUGGCAAGUAGCCCAGGAGAGACUGGGGCUGUUUACAGAAGCUGCAGGAGCCUCCAGGUGAGGACUCUUCCCGGCAUCACAGCUGGCCAAACCAGAGGGACACGGGCCACAAGGGACCAGCAGUAUUGGGCCAUCCCUGGGUCUGUCGCAGCGCACUGGUGACGAGGCGGAGAAGUGGCUGGUAUAAAUCAUCUGGGCUUUGGGCAAGGCGUGUGAUGAGGCUUCCUGAGAAACCACGUCACCGUGUGAGGAGAAGCCAGAAACCAGCCGGUGCCUGUGAUGGACCCUCGGGUGCAGCACCAACAUCCACUGUUGGUUUCUUCUUUAUUUUCCUGGAAAGCCAAGGAAGGGCGAUGCUUGCGGACAAUACAACCCUGCUCCCUGACGGAUGAGUUGAGGUUAGCCCAUGUCCGGCCCUUGAGGGCCCGUGGCUGGGAAGAGACGGGCAGAUGUGUGGAAGAGCUGAACUUCCCCAACACCCUCCAGCAGCAAAAACGGGUUGAGGAGGUUCCUUCCUCCUCGCCUCAGUGCGCUGCUCUCCACACCAGAACGGGGAAACAGUUUUUAAACCAACCUCCAGGAGGACGGCGAGUUGCGUCUGGGUUAUUGAGCAUGGGAAGGAGGAGGAACUUCUUUACUUUGAGGGUGGCAGAGCCCUGGCACAGGCUGCCCAGGGAGGUGGUGGAGUCUCCAACUCUGGAGACAUCCCAAACCCGCCUGGACGCAUCCCUGUGCCACCUGCUGUGGGUGACCCUGCUCUGGCCGGGGGUUGGAGGAGAUGAUCUCCAGAGGUCCCUUCCCACCCUGUGAUGGUUCUCUGAUUUCCCUGACGCGGUGUUGGGUGCUGCCCCGCCAGCGGCUGAGCUGGGCAGUGGCGGGAUGAGGAUGGAGAUCGGCUCAGGGACGAUUGCGAUGCCCCUUUGAGAACAGGGAGGUUGAGCCACGGUUCAGAGGCAGCGUGAAGAUGGGUGCUGGCCGAUUCCAGUCUGGUCACCCCCGUGCCUCUGGGUGUACUGGUCAGCACCUACAACACACUCCAGGACUGGGAACCAGUAGGGAGCCAGGUGACCCCCAGGCCGCGGUAGCAUGGAAAGCUGUCUCUCCUGUGGGAUACACCAAAACACACACCGUCUGGGAACGGCUGCCACUGGGUUGUGCUGAAUUGAGCCUCGGCUGGCGCUGCUGCGGGCAGGGAAGGGGCUGGUGGCCACGCCAGGCGUGGGCUGAGCUCCCCCUCGGCGUGACCUGGGGCCAUGGAGGCCCUGGAGAAGGGCAGCCCCACGCAGAGUGGGGAUGGCCCAGCUCUGGGCUUGCCCCAGGAGCGAAGCCGCGCUGGGGUAGCCCACAAAACCUGCUCCCAGAGCAGCCUCGACGCCGAAGCCUGGCUUGUGGUCAUGUCUCGGGGUUUCCUUGUGCUGCUGGAGGACCUGGAGGCUUCAACCCAGGCUGGUGUGCACACAGCCUCUGGAGACAGCAGCUGAGGAUGGAGAGAUCAUUACCUCCAAUUCACUGGGGAGCAGAAAGUUGCCCCCAGUUAGGACCGGUUGUAUGGGAGCACGUGGCACGUGGAGGGACCAGGCUGUGGCACUGACCACCAGCUCGCAUCUCGAAUGGACCUGCCGGGCUCUGGGUGGGAAAAGGCCCCACUGAGAAGAUUUCCCCGAGCUCCUCAAUCACCCCCGGGGGUCACGAACGCGUGGAGUGGAGCAACACCGGGAUACUGGAUAUACCAGCCCGGCUCCCGCUCCAGGCAGCCUGUAAUUAAGCCGUGCGCAUAAUGAGUUUUGGCAAAGUUUGGGUGCAGCUUGCCCGUGAAGUCUUUGGUGGCAUCACGCUCCUCCCUCCCCUCCCCGCUCCUGAGGGACCCACAUAUAACAGGGAGGGCCAGGGAGCACCGUCAUUCCCAACCUGCUCUCCGGGACGCUCCGGAACGCCCAGCCUGACGUCGACGGGGACGAUGAAAACCUGGAUCCUCCUUGUUGGGGCAGGAGUAGCCCUGGGCUGCGUGUCUGGCAACCUGUACACGGCCCCUGACUCCUGCGAGGGACGCUGCCGGGAACCCUACAGCCCGGAGGACGAGUGCCACUGCAACCCCGAGUGCGAGCGGCACCGCAACUGCUGCGAGGAUUACUACAGGCACUGCCGAGACGGCGGCGAAUGGGCCGAGGACGCAGCUCGCACCCGCGAAGGUUUCUCCAGCAGCCGGGAUGCCAUCACCGACGAGGAACUCCUGCAGGUCUCGGAGCAGCUUUACAAAGCGGAUCACAACAAAGCCCGGCCCACCGACAUCGCCAUUAACCCCCAGUACCAAGCCUCCCCCGACGAGACGGAUGACCAGGAGGACCGGUCCCCGCAGCCGCUCUACAAAUACGUCAAUGAGGAGCUCUUCUCCAAACCCACCUAUGCCAGCUUCAUCAAACUGCUGGACAACUACCAGCGGGCCACCGGCAGGGAGGAGGACGUGACGGCCGAGGAGCUGAGGGAGCAGGACAACUUCCUCAGGGAGGUGAUGAAAACCGAGCUCAUGAAGAAACUCUUCGCCUUCCUCCACAAAAAAAACCGCUACGGCUCCGAGCAGGAGUUCGUCGCCGAUUUGAAGGAGAUGUGGUUCGGCCUCUACUCCAGAGGCGACGGCGAGCAGGACUCCAGCGGCUUCGAGCACGUCUUCUCAGGGGAGGUGAAAAAAGGGAAGGUGUCUGGAUUUCACAACUGGAUUCGGUUCUACCUGCUUGAAAAGCAGGGCGCCGUCAACUACUUCAGCCACAACUUCGAGGGGCCGUGGGACACCUACCCCGACGUGCUGGGGCUGCAGUUCAGCUGGGACGGCUUCUACAAGGAGGUGGGCUCUGCCUUCAUCGGCUCCAGCCCCGAGUUCGAAUUUGGCCUCUACACGUUGUGCUUCAUCGCGCGCCCCGGGAGGGCAUGUCACCUGAGCCUGGGCGGCUACAGCCUGAGCAUCCAGACCUACACCUGGACCAAGUCCACCUACGGCGAUGGCAAGAAGUACAUCGCCACCGCCUACGUGAUCUCGUCCUGAGACUGGGAGAUUGGGGGGGGGGGGGUGACCGCAGCCCCACGCUGGGGGCCCUGGGCAGCCCCCCACACCGGGGGCCCGCGGCACUGGGCAGGAUGGUCCUGCCGUGGGAGGAGGAUGGCCGUGCCCCGGGACCAGCGCAGGGCACCGGAGGGAGCCGGGCAGGACGGCGCUGGCCGUGCCCUGCGUGGAGGCAGCGAGGGGAUGGAGGCAGCAGCCGCGGCACCCCCCCCAGUGCCACCGAGUGUCGUG